CUGAAGUGCUGUUCAAAAAAUAAGCUUCGUCUCAUUUUAUACACAAAUACGAUGGCCUGCCUGUAUGUCAUUCUAAGGCGUUCAUGUCUCGUACAGGGUGCUUGGUAGUAUGGAAACUACGCAGCAUUGACGUCUCCUUAUCUGUUUUUCGAGGCAGAGCAAUGAAUGUGACCUGAAUGCAACGUAUGAUUUAAUAAUGGAAUGAGCCGCCUAACUCAUUCAGAACAGAUCGUUGAAGGAUCGAAUGCACUAAAACGCUUUCGCGGCGUUGGCUGUCGCAUCCGAAGCUGCAUUCUGCCGUAAAUUGUGUAGUAACGGAUUUCUGUCAAUAUUUUCAUUUUCCUCGAGAACGAUUCUCCUUAUUGCAACAAUUUCCUGGGAGUUACGUCGCAUCUUAGAAUGAACAAGUGUGUGCGUAUAUGUAUUUGUUGCUUACACGUUGGUUAAAAUCAAGACGAAUUGAUUAGUAUUUCGGAAGGAUCGGUGACCUACAACCGUCUGUUGAUGCAAGUCGUACUCUUGCUCCGUUAAAAAAAAAAACCCUGUUAUUUGUGUAAGAACUUCCAGCCGGCGACACUGCGCGCGGGCAGGUGAUAUUUGCUCACGUAGGUCGCUGGUGUGUGUGAGGCGGAGGGGGAGCAGCGGAGAAGAGAUGCUUCAUCGGCGAAAGAAUAAUUCGCUUUUGCUUUUCGCUGGAAAAAUUACGUUUAUUUAAAUCCCACUGGUGGACUACAAAACGGAUCGUAUAUGGCGUGUUUGCUGCGUUUAUGUGCAGCGAAUGUAGAUAAUUUGCAGUGAAGCACAGGACGCCCACCCGAGCGAUGACAUCCUCUGGGUUAAGAUAGAUUAGCGGCGUCUUGCUGGAGCCAUGGUAUUAGAAGCGUCCAUCAAAGACAAAUCUAUACAAUCCCCUGCAUUUUAAAAUGACUUUCUCGCAGAAUGCAGUGACAGGAUUUCUAACCUAGCACCAUUACGCCGUUUCCGGUUCCUAGCUGGUGUUUCCCCAUUGCAAACUGUAUUGGAAAAAGCAGCAGAUCCCGAUGGCAUGGACACUUACGCAAGGUCUGCCGCUUUGCCGUGCUACUGGAGCCUAUUUACAGUCUACUUUAACUCAGCUCCAUCACCAUCACCCAACAACCCCGAGAGCACUGCAGCAACGCGACCAGCAACCCCGGAGCCAAACCAGGAGGCAUGAGGCUUGAUUCAGUACAUUUUUCCAUGCUGGUCAUCGGGGUCUCCUUCGCCUGCUACUCCCCGAGUUUAAAUUCCCUGCAGGACCAGGCUUACAAAUCAACGGUGGUUAUUGAAGGCAAGGUGCAUUCGGUACCUGCGAAUGUCUCCACGGAGCCGUACAGUGUGAAUGUCAAAGUCCUGGACGUGUGGCCGUUAAACAGUGGUGGUUUGGAACGAGAGCAGCUAGUCACCGUCGGGGAAUUCGGCUCAGAGGCUCCGUGCACCACAGUGGAAAAGGACCAUAGAUAUAUAUUUUUCAUGGACCCAACCGACGAGCCCUUGGUAUUCAAGGCAUCGUAUGCUCCCCUAGACACCAAUGGGAAGAAUCUAAAAAAAGAUGUUGGGAGGAUCUUGUGCGAAGACUGCGCUGCUCCUAAGAUAAAACAGCUGAAGAACCAGUCGGUGGUGGAGGGGAACAAGCUCUUGCUGAAAUGUGAGGCUUCUGGAAAGCCCCCUCCUGAAUACAAGUGGUACAGAGAUGGGAGUGAGUUCAAAAAGAGCAAAGAGAUCAAAAUAAAAACCAGCAAGAGAAACUCCAGGAUCCUGAUCAACAGAGCGCGCCUGGAGGACUCUGGGAAUUACACGUGCGUGGCCGAGAACAUGCACGGGAGGGACAACUCCACGAGCACCGUCAACGUCCAGAGCAGUACCACCACCCUCUCUCCAGGAUCAGGCCACGCCAGGAGGUGCAAUGAGACUGAGAGAGCGUACUGCGUGAACGGCGGGGACUGUUACUUCAUACACGGUAUAAAUCAGCUGUCCUGCAAGUGUCCAAAUAACUUUACCGGUGACCGCUGUCAAACCGACGUUAUGGCCGGUUUCUACGAGCGUCUUGGGAUUGAAUUUAUGGAGGCAGAGGAGCUCUAUAAGAAGAGGGUCCUGACCAUCACUGGCAUCUGCGUGGCUCUGCUGGUGGUGGGAAUCGUGUGUGUGGUCGCCUACUGCAAGACCAAGAAACAGAGGAAGAAAAUGCACAGCCACCUGAGGCAAAACAUGUGUGCGGAAAACCCGAACCGGAACCUGGCAAACGGACCCAAUCACCCUGGACCGGGCCCGGAGGAGAUCCCCAUGGUGGACUACAUCUCAAAGAACGUUCCGGCCACAGAGCACGUGAUACGGCACGCGGGGACCUCCUUCACCGGCAGCCGAGCGUCUUCCAGAUCCCACCACUCAUCCACCGCAACCCACUCUUCCAGUCACAGAAACGAGGACCGCACGUGGAGUCUGGACAGGACGGGGAGUGUGAUGUCAGACUCGCGCUCGGGCAUGAUGUCGUCCUCGGUGGGGACCAGUAAAUGCAACAGUCCUGCGUGCGUGGAGGCGCGUGCCUGGCGUGCGGCACACUGUGGCAUUACUGAGCCCCACGCCCCCCCCGCCUCCGCCGCCUCCGCCGCCGCCGCCGCCGCCGCGCGGUACAGGGACUCCUUCGACUCUCUGGGAGACUCGCCGCACAGCGACAGGUACGUCUCGGCGCUGACGACCCCCGCCCGCCUCUCUCCCGUGGACUUCCAUUACUCACUGCCCCCACAGGUGCCUACCUUCCAGAUCACGUCUCCCCUGCCGCCCGCGGCCCGGAUGCCGUACUACCUGGAGGACGACCAGCCGCUGCUCCGCCGCUUCCAGCUCCCGCUGCAGGACGUCGCGCGACCGCAGCGCCGGACCUACCUGAACGACAGCACCGGCAGCCUGCCCGCCAGCCCCUACCGGCUGGCCGACGACGAGGAGUACGAGACCACCCAGGAGUACCUCUCCUCCCUGGAGCAACCAAAGAGGGCGGCGUCGGGCGGGGGGAGGCGCUGGAGGAGGUCCAGACUCAACGGGCACGUGGCGCCCCGCGGGGACUCCGCCCGGAACUACAGCUCCCAGAGCUGCCUGUCGGACAGCGACUCGGAGGAGGAGGAGGAGGAGGAGCAGGGGGAGAGCACGCCCUUCCUCAGUAUGCAGAACAUGAACGCCGAGCCGGCGGCCGGCUACAGGCCGCCCGACAGCCGGACUUACCACCCGUCGGCGCGGCACGGUUCCCGCGGCAACACGCAGGCCAGACUGUCGCACUCCCGGUCGAAACCGGACAAUGCACCCCUUUAAAAAAAAAAAACUAAAAAAAAAAACUUUCAAAAAUAUAUAAAAAAACUAAAACACAGAAAAAGAAAAAUAAAAAACAAACCUCCCGACAAACAAUAUGCUAUAGACCUGCACCUAUAAGAAAUAUUUUUAUUUUAUAUAACAGACAGAUAUUCUAAACAAAUGAAAUAUUUAUUUUCAUUUUAGCAAAAGUUGUCUACUAGCUAACAGCAAAGACUUUUUUAUAGGAAUACUAUUUAUAUGUAAAUUUUGAUUUACAGCAUUAAAAAAGACGUGCCAAUUUUUUCACAACUUAAAAAAUAGAAUAAUAUUGUGGUGCCUUUUGCUGUAUGCUGAUGCCAGAGGUCCAGUUGAGUUUUUUGUAGCCUUUCUUAUACGGACUCCUCAUUUUUAUAGACAUUCUUCUUUUUCUUUCUUUUUUUUUUUUUUUUUUUUUUUUUUUUGUUGUUUGGGAUCUCCCCCAAUUUGAACUGUGAUAUUUUCUCUCUUCAUGCAAUAUAAGCCACUUCUGCAUAAGGUGUAUGUUUACAUGAAUAUGAUUCUCAGACGUGAGGUUUGACAUUUUCUUUUCUCUGACAGGAAGUUGACAAAUGCAACGCAGUCUCGUUUCCUGACUCACGGAGAAAAAAUCAUUGUGUCGAGUCUUGCCGACAAACCCACGCCGUUUUCGUCUUUCGUUUGUUUCCGCUCCCCGUUACCGCGAGGCAUUCCCAUUGGUUGAGGAGGAGUGCAGGUGUGAGAGUGAGCAUGACACGUUUUUGGAGGUACCUGUACAUAACGAGGCCUGGAUGUUUGAGAGAGGCUGUGUACUGCGCGUGCAUGCGAGCGAGCGAGUGAGCGAGCGAACGUGUCUGCGAGCGUGUGUGUGCGUGCGCACGAGCCCGCCUGUGUUUCUGCGUCUUUGCGUGUGUCGCAGCCGCUGACGAGCCUGGGUUUCUGUGUUCCUUGGAACGCGGGGGAAAAACCCCUUAAGGGUAUAUGUAUGAUAUUUUUAGGGACAAGCUCUGUUGCACUGUACCCCUGCUUCAGGAGUAGCCAGGGGGCCAAGGAGAUGCUUAGUGGUGAGCUAAAUCCAGCCUGGGUCUGAUUCUGGCCUGAAUGGACCGCCCAAACCCCAAAAUCCCCCCUCCCGUAAUCCGCCCCACGCCCCUGUUUCUGCAGCCCCAAAUGAGGGCCGCACAGCGUCUCAGGACUUUCACAUAAACCGUCAGACCGAACCAAGACCCCUGCACCCCCCCAGAGCACACUGCAUUAUUCCCCACACCUGUUCAAAGCAGUCUCCGAGCCUUUUCACUUUCAUGGAUCAUGUGAGAGAGAGAGAGAGAGAGAGCAUGAGAGAGAGAGAGUGUGAGAGUGAGAGAGUAAGCAUGACUGACAAAAAAAAAUAAGAGAAGGACAUGACAGAAUGGGCAGCUGUGAUAUUUCAUAGAGGUACAGUGUUUUUCUUUUUUUUUUGUUUUUGUGAUUAAAAUGCCAAAAUAUGCAAAAUGAUUUGUCUUAUAGCUCUGUUUUGCGUGCAUUCUGAAGGCUGCAGUGGCUCAAGAUGUGAGGUCACCACAGUGAUGUCCAUUUGAUGCUCCAAUUACCAAGCUUUUAUUUAAAGAGAUUAACCAAUUACCAACCAACUUACCGCAUUAACAGUACACUAAGCAUUAUUAUUAUUAUUAUUAUUAUUAUUAUUAUUAUUGUUAUUAUUGUUGUUAUUAUUAUUCAUGGAUACAAUGUUCACGUGUUCUUUUAUUAUUUAGCCUUUUCUCCAUAAAGAGGUCCUCGGUACUUUGUCAGUACAAGCACCUGAGCUCUGAUUUUUAUUUAUAUAUUGAUACAGCCUGAGUGAGAAAAUUUCAUGUAAGUGCAUUUCAUGUCUUCCUUAUGGUUUUUCACAAUUAAUACUUUUGACAUUGACCAGUAGUUGCCAGUGGUUACCAAAUGAAAAGUGCGUGGAGAUUAACUGGAUUUAAAAUUAUCCGUCCUUAAAAUUUCAAGGUUUUUUUAAAAUUAAUUUAUUACUUUUUUAUUGUUCAUUUCAAGGUCAGUAAAAAAACUGUAGGGUGAGCAUAUUUUGGCAUUGCAUUGCUUUUAUACAAUACAGGUGAAUAAGUUCUAUGAUAGCAAUCACUAAAAACGUGUUGUUUCCCAUUUCCAAUUCAAGUCAGUUAUAAAGACAAGUGUUGAUUUAUUCCGAAAUUAUAAAAUAAGAAGAUUAGAAGAGUACUUAUGGCUUUAUCAAAGGCACAGUUUUAUAAAUAUAUUAGAAGAAGAAAGAAGUCUUUCUCUGCUCAGAUUUCAGAAGUCCAGGUUUUGUUUAUUUGUUAAAGUUUUUUGUUUUUGUUUUGUUUUUGUCACCUGAUUCUGUAUAUGAGUCAUUUGAAUGAUGCCAGUGAAAGGGAGCGUGCUUCUCUAGUUAGCUUAAAUGUGAAGCCCCCCCCCCCCCCCCCCCCCAUUAGAAUCUCUUCUUCUUCUUCUUCUGUCCCGGCCGUUUGAGUCCCUCAGAUUUGUUUUCCCCACCUUGCUUGUCCUAUUCAGCACCUCCCCUCUGCAUGUUCCUGAGGUCCAGGUAGAUGGGUGCAUGGUUUAAAUCAACAACUGAAACGUAUUCCACUCGGUGAAAGUGUUUUUAAUUUAACAUUCAGCAAUAAUGAAUCCCUUUUUUUUUCAUUUCCAUCCUUGGAAUAUGCUAGAAAUUUUGCGAGUUUCGUCAUAAAUACUUGUAAAAAAAAAAAAAAAAAAAACUACAAAAAAACAAACCACCUGUUCAUAUAAAAAAAUAAAUCUUUAUUCAUACCA